AGAAGCAAAACUUGCGUGUCGUGUGCAGAAGGCCGUGGUAUUGUUGCUGUAUCGUGCGUUAGAAACGUGCGUGCGUCGAGACGUCAAGGAGCAUUUAGUAGUAGUACCGGCGUUAGUGGCUUAGUAGUAUUUCUGUUAACUAGGUGUUGUGAGCUGUCAUCAUGUCGGCAGGAGGAGCAAGCGAUUCCACCCAGGGCAAGCCCAUCCAGUGCAAAGCUGCAGUUGCUUGGGAACCUUCAAAGCCACUUACUAUCGAGACGGUUGAAGUUGCAGUGCCAAAGGAGAGAGAAGUCCGAAUCAAGGUUCUGCACAGCGGUGUCUGCCACACAGAUGCUUACACUCUUGGAGGCUUGGAUCCUGAAGGUGCAUUUCCUUGCAUAUUAGGCCACGAAGGUGGUGGCAUUGUUGAGAGUGUUGGGCCCAAUGUCAAGGGCUUCAAGCCAGGAGACCAUGUUAUUCCACUGUACAUUCCCCAAUGCAAGGAGUGCAAGUUCUGCAAGCACCCCAAGACAAAUUUGUGUUCAAAAAUUAGGACAACUCAGGGCCGUGGUCUCAUGCCUGAUGGUACAACACGCUUUACAUGCAAAGGGAAGAGUAUCUAUCACUUUAUGGGCACCAGUACCUUUUCUGAGUACACUGUGGUGGCUGACAUUUCUCUUUGCAAGAUUGAUCCUGCUGCACCUCUAGACAAGGUGUGUCUGUUGGGCUGUGCUGUGUCCACAGGAUAUGGUGCUGCCCUCAAUGUUGCUUCUAUCACAAAAGAUAGCACUGUAGCCAUCUGGGGACUGGGUGCUGUCGGCCUCUCAGUUGCCAUGGGUGCCAAAGAACGUGGCGCGAAAACCAUCAUUGGGAUUGACAUCAAUGAAGCAAAGUUUCCGAAAGCCUUGGAGUUUGGCUGCACGGAGUGCAUUAAUCCAAGCAAGUUGGCUCUGCCCAUUACCCAGCACCUGAUUGAGAAGACUGAUGGUGGUCUAGACUUCACCUUUGAGUGCAUUGGCAAUGUUGACACCAUGAGGAUUGCCCUUGAAUCAUGCCACAAGGGCUGGGGCGAGUCGGUUAUCUUGGGUGUGGCAGCAGCUGGAAAGGAGAUCUCCACAAGACCCUUCCAGCUGGUCACUGGCCGCGUGUGGCGUGGCUGUGCUUUUGGAGGAUGGAAGAGUGUUGAUCACGUUCCUGAGCUUGUGGACAGGUACAUGAAGAAAGUGAUUAAGCUGGAUGAAUUUGUGAGCUACUCACUGCCACUGGAAAAAAUAAACGAUGCCUUCAAGUUUAUGCACGAUGGUCUUGCGAUCCGUUCUGUCGUAAACCUCUGAAGCAGCAACAGCAAAAGGGGUCACAUUCGUCGAGGUUUUCCAAUAUAAUACUGAAUGCAGGAAAUUAUAAUCACUGUGGCGCAGCGCACCAGACUACUCCGUGUCGCAGCUAAAAAUAGGCAGAAGCCACACCCUGUUAUGUUGUAUUCGGUCCUUUGUUAAUUGUGUAUUAUUGUGCUUGACUGGAUUUUUGUCCAUCCAGUGCAUGGUCCUUGCUUUAACAGUCUUAUUUACUAUGUGGGAAUAAGGAGACCUCUUCAGUUACAUGAGACAGACUCAAACAAAUAAAUAAAUAAACAUUUUAUUUUCUUCAA